CCACGACCAAUGGAAUCGCGGUGAGCCGCAGGCUCGAAGGGCGUGGCCAGAGGCCCGGAGAGGUGAUUGAUUGACCGGGAGCACCAAGGAGACGCCUGCAAACCUCUUGGUUCCGAUGUCCAAGUGACACAGCUAAGUCAGCUCCCCGCCCAUUGCCGAGGCCCCGCCUCCCCCACGGAAACCCCGCCCGCCGGUGUAGCUGGCCGCGGGGGGCCACGAGGAUUGAGUUGCAGCCUCCGUGGCGUCGGGGUUUCCCUGCUCAGCACAUUCUCCCUCUGCACUCCCCUACAGCCGCCCCGAUAUUAAUAGAGCUGGCUGGGUCCAUCCAGCUGGCUCCGAGCCCCUUUCGCAUCCUCGGUUGAUCCAUCACUCCAGAAAGCAUUCAAAACAGCUCGACGGCCUCGGUGUUUCUGACUGUGAAAUGGGAACAGGGCUCCUUUUCCUACCCGCGCGGCGCUGCAAGAGCACCAAGGACAAGCCCAGAAGUCAGCCUGUAGGACGCCCUGCAGCCCCUGUUAAUGUCCUCAUCUCCACUUGACAUAAGUGGAAACCGAGAUCAGAGAUCACACAGCGCCCAAAACCCCAAGCCGAGCCGCGAACCCGGGAGUCUCCGCCAGUAGAUCUAUACCCCUAGUGUCUCCCAAUUCCAAAAUCCUUGGCUCCAGGGCAACUCCUGGUCUGGUCCAGAGAGAAGAUCCCUCUUCGCUGUCCAGCCCCACCCACCUCCCCAUAUUUAGUGCGAAUCCGAUCUGGGGCUGGGCUUGAGCUCUACUUAAGGCGGCCCUAGUGUCCAGGAGCGCGCCGAGGCGAGUGGGGAGCCCGAAGCCUGAGCAAGAUGAUGAUGGUUAUGCAGCCCGAGGGUCUGGGCACCAGGGAGGGGCCCUUCGCCGGCGGCGGGGGCGGCGAGUACAUGGAACAGGAGGAGGACUGGGACCGCGACCUGCUGCUAGACCCCGCCUGGGAGAAGCAGCAGCGGAAAACCUUCACGGCAUGGUGCAACUCUCAUCUGCGCAAGGCAGGCACUCAGAUCGAGAACAUCGAGGAGGACUUCCGCAACGGUCUAAAACUCAUGCUGCUCUUGGAGGUCAUUUCAGGAGAGAGGCUUCCCAGGCCAGACAAAGGCAAAAUGCGCUUCCACAAAAUCGCCAAUGUCAACAAGGCCCUGGAUUUCAUCGCCAGCAAAGGGGUUAAGCUAGUGUCCAUCGGUGCUGAAGAGAUUGUUGAUGGGAACCUGAAGAUGACCCUGGGUAUGAUCUGGACCAUCAUCCUCCGCUUCGCCAUCCAGGACAUCUCUGUAGAGGAAACCUCGGCCAAGGAAGGCUUGCUCCUGUGGUGCCAACGGAAGACAGCACCGUACCGUAACGUCAACGUACAGAACUUCCACACCAGCUGGAAGGAUGGCCUGGCCCUCUGUGCUCUCAUCCACCGCCACCGGCCGGAUCUCAUUGACUAUGCCAAGCUCCGCAAGGAUGACCCCAUUGGCAACUUGAACACUGCCUUUGAGGUGGCAGAGAAGUAUCUGGACAUCCCCAAGAUGUUGGAUGCAGAAGAUAUUGUGAACACUCCAAAACCCGAUGAGAAAGCCAUCAUGACCUACGUUUCUUGCUUCUACCAUGCAUUUGCUGGGGCUGAGCAGGCAGAGACAGCCGCCAACAGGAUCUGCAAGGUACUGGCUGUGAACCAGGAAAACGAAAAGCUAAUGGAAGAGUAUGAGAAGCUGGCCAGUGAGCUGCUGGAAUGGAUCCGCCGCACUGUCCCAUGGCUGGAGAACCGCGUGGGCGAACCCAGCAUGAGUGCCAUGCAGCGCAAGCUGGAGGACUUCCGGGACUAUAGGCGCCUGCACAAGCCACCCCGCGUGCAGGAGAAGUGCCAGCUGGAGAUCAACUUCAACACACUGCAGACCAAGCUGCGCCUGAGUCACCGACCUGCUUUCAUGCCCUCCGAGGGCAAGCUGGUCUCGGACAUCGCCAAUGCAUGGAGGGGCCUGGAGCAGGUGGAAAAGGGCUACGAGGACUGGCUGCUCUCAGAGAUCCGGCGCCUGCAGCGCCUCCAGCACCUCGCUGAGAAGUUCCAGCAGAAGGCCUCCCUGCAUGAAGCCUGGACCAGGGGGAAGGAGGAGAUGCUGAACCAGCGCGACUAUGAGUCGGCUUCGCUACAAGAGGUGCGCGCCCUGCUGCGGCGCCACGAGGCCUUUGAGAGCGACCUGGCCGCGCACCAGGACCGCGUGGAGCACAUCGCCGCGCUGGCCCAGGAGCUCAAUGAGCUGGACUACCAUGAGGCAGCUUCAGUGAAUAGCCGCUGCCAAGCCAUCUGCGACCAAUGGGACAGCUUGGGCACACUGACUCAGAAGAGGCGGGAUGCACUAGAGAGGAUGGAGAAGCUCUUGGAAACCAUUGACCAGCUGCAGUUGGAGUUUGCUCGAAGGGCAGCACCCUUCAACAACUGGCUGGAUGGAGCUGUGGAGGACCUGCAGGAUGUGUGGCUGGUGCACUCUGUGGAGGAAACCCAGAGCUUGAUAACUGCACAUGAACAGUUCAAAGCAACAUUGCCUGAGGCUGACCGAGAGCGAGGUGCCAUCCUGGGUAUCCAGGGUGAGAUCCAGAAGAUCUGCCAAACGUAUGGACUGCGGCCAAAAUCCACCAAUCCCUACAUCACCCUCAGCCCACAGGACAUCAACAACAAGUGGGACAUGGUCCGAAAGCUGGUGCCCAACCGUGACCAGAUGUUGCAGGAGGAGCUGGCACGACAGCAGGUGAAUGAGAGGCUCCGGCGACAGUUUGCUGCCCAGGCCAAUGCCAUAGGACCCUGGAUCCAGGGAAAAGUGGAGGAGGUGGGGCGGCUGGCAGCAGGGAUGGCUGGCUCUCUGGAGGAGCAGAUGGCAGGGCUGAGGCAGCAGGAGCAAAACAUUAUCAACUACAAGAGCAACAUCGACCGGCUGGAGGGUGACCACCAGCUCUUACAGGAGAGCCUGGUCUUCGACAACAAGCACACUGUCUACAGCAUGGAGCACAUUCGUGUGGGCUGGGAGCAACUGCUCACCUCCAUUGCCCGCACCAUCAAUGAGGUGGAGAAUCAGAUACUGACCCGCGAUGCCAAGGGACUAAGCCAGGAGCAGCUCAACGAGUUCCGGGCUUCCUUCAAUCACUUUGACCGGAAGCGGAAUGGAAUGAUGGAGCCUGAUGACUUCCGAGCUUGCCUCAUCUCCAUGGGGUAUGACCUGGGAGAAGUGGAAUUUGCUCGAAUCAUGACCAUGGUAGACCCCAACGCAGCAGGGGUUGUAACCUUCCAAGCCUUCAUCGACUUCAUGACCCGAGAGACAGCUGAGACAGACACAGCUGAACAAGUUGUGGCCUCCUUCAAGAUCCUAGCAGGAGAUAAGAACUACAUCACGCCCGAGGAGCUGCGGCGGGAACUCCCAGCUGAGCAGGCCGAGUACUGCAUCCGCAGGAUGGCGCCCUACAAAGGAUCUGGGGCUCCUCCUGGAGCCCUGGACUACGUGGCAUUCUCCAGUGCUCUCUAUGGGGAGAGUGACCUCUGACCUCAAUGGAAGGAAAGAGGGUACUCCCUGUGGCUGAUUCCAUCCAUCCCUUGGAGAGAGGCCCUCAGAGAUUGGCCAUGUGUUUCUGAAAUAAAGAU